AUGAUUUUCGUGGCACUAUACGUCGACGAUUUGGUUCUCGCGAGCAACAACGACGAGCUGCUCAAGUCAACAAAGAAGGCGCUGGGUGAUCGUUUUGACAUGACGGAUCUGGGAAACCUCAAGUAUUUUCUCGGUUUGGAAGUUGAUCAAGAAUUCACGGUUGGCACAAUCUCGAUUCGUCAGUCCAAAAUCGCGAAGGAUAUUCUCGAGAAAUUUGGCAUGGAACAUAGCAAUCCAGUUAAGACUCCACAAGAACCCGGGCUAAAUCUGAAAAGGUCCAUGUGCGAAGGAGGAUGCAAGCACGAAGACACGAUGACAAAUGUUCCAUAUCGCAAUGCUGUUGGAUGCCUGAUGUACCUCAUGGUAGGGACUCGCCCGGAUCUCGCAGCUGCAGUGGGAGUGCUCAGCCAGUUCGUAGCGGACCCUUGUCCGACACAUUGGCAAGCACUCAAGCGCGUGUUCAGCUGGAGAAGCAAGAAACAGCGUACAGUGGCUCUAUCGUCUACGGAAGCCGAGUACAUGGCGUUGACAGAAGCCACACAAGAAGCAGUAUGGCUCAAGGCAUUUUUGUGUGAGAUUGGUGAAAUGAAGAACGACGAAGCUGUCAAGAUCUAUGAAGAUAACCAAGGUUCCAUUGCGUUGGCCAAGAACCCCGAGUUCCAUAAAAGAACGAAGCAUAUCGACAUCCGGUAUCACUUCGUGCGCGAGAAGGUUGCAGACGGCCAAGUGUUGCUACAGUACUGCGCUAUGAAGAACAGGAAAGCAGACCUCACGACAAAGCCGAUCCCCACUGUGCAGUUCGAAUAUCGUCGGGACAUGCUGGGGAUCAAGAAACCACGCUCAGCCGGUUUGUAUGGCAGUACCAUUCCAAGGGUCACUGGUUCGAUACCGGUGGGGCGUGCAAACGAUAAAGUUAAGCCUUCGGGAUCUGGUGUUUGGGGUUCACCAGCACUGUCAUGCCAGACAGUGACGUCUCCCACUUUCGGUACAUUUGGGUGUUUAGAAACGCAUGACCAGAAUUAG